ACUAAUUGGUUGCCGCAGGACAUGUCAUCACAUACUCCGAUCGCCGGGGUGAAGGAUGCGCUCAAUGGCGUGCUGGCACAACACUAUCUUGGCACGUUUGACAUCCCUGUCACCAACGUCAACAUAAUUGGGCGUCCCAUAGCAACGUCAGGGGUAAGGAUCAUAACGGAGUCCAUGAAGCAAGCCCGCGGAUUCUUGCAGCAGCACGCCAUCUUGGCUAUGGUUGAAGCAUCGAAUGUACCCGCCGGCGGGCUGAGUGCGGCGGCAGCCGCGAAGCUCCAAUUACGGAUUCUGGACGGCGCGCACAGGACGCACUGUGCUCUGCAGCUGUACGGCGGAGAGUUCAUCAUCCCCUGUCGCAUCUAUACCGAUUUCAAUCCGCUGGUGGAGGCCGUCGUCGCCUCAGGCUUGAACAACGUCGCGCAGGCUCUGGUCCCCCGUGGCGUGUUCGACGAUGUUUUCUUCAUGAACCAGCUCCUCGAUGGCUUCAGGAAGAUGCAGGGUUCGCUUUUCCCAUCUGCUAAGAUGAUCCAAGACGCCUACGUAAGGGGGGGUCUCUCUCCACCUAGCCAAUCAACCGUCCGCCGCCAUAAGGCUGCCAGAUUNACGACGGAAGGAUUCCAGGCGCUGCAGCGGAUCCAAGAGAGAUCUCACGAAGACCCCUCCAUCCACAUGGCGUCCCUUACGUGGACCACUCUCAGCCACAGCGCGUUUGGUGAAGCCGGUCAGACCAGUGGUGCGAUUCAAGCUCUUAUGCUCGAACACAUGGUUAGGUUCCGCUCCUCAUCCGACAACUCGAAGGCGCUAACGGGCGAUGAUCUACCUGACGUCGCCAAACUCGCUCACGAUGCACAUGACUUCAUGGAACAGACUGAGGCGGCAUUCGGCGCUCGUAGCGAGUGGUUCCCCGAGCUCGCAGUGCUGGUAGAAAAGUACGCCCACGUCCAGUCAGGCGCUCUCGAGACAAUUGUCCGCCCAUGAAUGAAAAAGCGGGAUGACGAGGCAAACGAACUCAGCAGCAACUCGCCCGGCGACCGACGUUUGUCCGACGACCAACUCCACGUCAUCUCCGCCGCGAAACCCCUCGGCCGCAUCCACAAGGCUGCCACUAAGAGUAAGACAGAACCGUCGACAACCCACUACGAGACAUUCCAGAAGCGGUUUCAGGAAGUCAUGCUCGCC